AUGGCUUCUAAUAUACACAAAUGGGAAAAGCUCUCACCUAGCGAAUUCCAGCAGCUGCAGGACUUAGCCUCAUAUUCAACGAAAAAGCUUCAGAAUGUACUGCAAGAGUUUUGUUCACCGGCCACACCGUCCGCUUCAAGGUUCCAUCCAGAUGGGGACAUCGACUAUGAUGGGUUUCGAAAGUUUCUCGACUCAUUUCUGGAUUGCGAAACACCGGAGGACUUGUCGAAGCACCUGUUCAUAUCAUUCCUGCAGCCGGCCCUGUACCAGGCACAGCAGCAACAGCACAGCCAUGGGAAGGCCCUCAGUCAAAUGGCGGCGAUUAGCAGCAAUGCAGCCUGUGCUCCAGUAACAUCCCAUAAUCGAGGCUCCAUCCCGAACCUAAACAGCGUAGUGGACAUUCCGACACCGCAGCCAUCGCAGGAAUCGCAGCGGAACAGCUUCGUCGAACGGAUACACGGGCUCACCGACAAGCUGCAGUCGCUUGGGCAUCUCGGUCUCGACAGCGGAGGCGACAGUAGCAACAAAGGCAAAUGUGGGACCGUCCACCCGAUGCUGACGGUAACGCCGAGCCCGAUGGGCUGUACACCACCGAUCCUGCAGCCACCGUUCCGUCGCUCGGCCGAUUCCAGUCCCUCACAUUCGCACUCGCACAGUCACUCGCAGAUUUCCCGGAACUCGUCGCGCAAAAGCAACAACUCCGUCAACUGUCGUAUUGAAGAUGUGCGGCUGAUUCCGAGAAAGCAAUCAUUUUUGGAUCCGUUACUGCUGAAGGUACCGCUCAAGGACGUUGUCUGCUAUCUAUCGCUGCUGGAGGCUGGCCGACCGGAGGAUAAGCUGGAGUUUAUGUUCCGGCUGUACGACACCGACGGAAACGGAGUCCUCGACACGACCGAAACGGAUGCAAUCGUCAACCAGAUGAUGUCGGUAGCGGAAUAUCUCGGCUGGGACGUGUCCGAACUACGGCCGAUUCUCCAGGACAUGAUGACUGAGAUUGACUACGACGGUGAUGGGUGCGUUUCGCUGGAGGAAUGGCAACGUGGUGGACUGACAACGAUCCCGCUGCUGGUACUUCUCGGCGUCGACAACACGCUGAAGGAAGACGGAUACCAUGUGUGGCGAUUGAAACAUUUCAGCAAACCUGCCUACUGCAACAUGUGCCUCAAUAUGCUGGUCGGGCUUGGGAAGAAGGGCCUCUGCUGUGUGCUCUGCAAAUACACCGUGCACGAGCGUUGCGUCCAGCGAGCUCCCGCGUCCUGCAUCGCCACCUACGUGAAGUCGAAAAAGUCAAAGGCCACUGCCACGCUGCAGCAUCAUUGGGUCGAGGGGAACUGCUACGGGCGAUGUUCGAAAUGCCGUAAGCGGAUCAAGGCAUACAACGGAAUUACUGGGCUGACCUGCCGUUGGUGUCGCAUGAUGCUUCACAACAAGUGCGCCACGCUCGUGAAAGCUGAGUGUACGCUGGGGGAGUUUGCCAACCUCGUCCUACCACCGACCUCCAUCUGUCCGGCCGUGCUCGAUCGUCAGAAAUCGAUCAAUUUCACCACCAACAAGGGAAAGAGCGUACCAUCGACAAUACACUUUCAAAUUACCAGCGAUCCCGGAUGGUGCCCGCUGCUCGUAUUUAUCAAUCCUAAAAGUGGCGGCCGGCAGGGCGACCGUAUCCUGCGCAAGUUUCAAUACCUGCUGAACCCACGCCAGGUGUACGACCUGUCCAAGGGUGGUCCGCUCGAGGGACUUACGAUGUUUAAGGACGUGCCCAACUUUAAGGUAAUUUGCUGCGGUGGCGACGGCACAGUCGGCUGGGUGCUGGAGGCAAUGGAUAGCAUUGUGCUACAGUCGCAACCAUCGAUUGGCGUGAUCCCGCUCGGUACGGGCAACGAUCUGGCCCGCUGCUUGCGAUGGGGCGGUGGAUACGAGGGCGAAAGCAUCCCCAAGAUUUUGGAUAAGAUCAAUCGUGCCUCGGUGGUGAUGCUGGAUCGGUGGAGCAUCGAGGUUAAAAACAAUCCAUUGGCCGCCGAAGAGACGCCCACCGCCGUCACAACCAUGCCCGGUCACAAGGUGACGCUGUCGGAAAACGUACAGAAGGUAAUAGAGCUCUCGCAUCGCAUAAUUGCUGAAAAAUCUGUGAUCCAAACCAACGAUGAAGUUGAAAAUAGUACAAACGCGACCGAGCUACCACCAACCAACGGCACGACGGAACGUGCCCACGUGAGUGACAAUAAUGAUGCCGGGGGUGAACAGGACACCGAUGGGGGUGGCAUAUCCACCGCGACACCACCGCCCACCCCAACCUCAGCCACACUCGGACCUACCGAGCGAGUAAUGGAAGGUUUCAUAGUCGAGCAUGCCAAUAGGGGCCCGGCACCGAUGACCAACGGCGGUGCAACGGUAGUGUCCGGUGUCGACAUGGCGGCUAACACCGUCACCAACACUAAUAGCACCGAUGUCGAUAACGGUACCGUGUGUGCGCACGAUACAGCAGAACGUGCAACGGACGAUAUCGUGAAUAGUUCCUAUCAACAGCAGCACCAGCACAGCAACGGCAGCACCGCGGACAAACCGAGACCGGAGAAGAAAAUUAUCGACCUACCAAAGUUGAUAAAACCGCAGGUCGGAUCGGAAUUCACCGUGCCGUACAACAUUGUCAAUAACUACUUUUCCGUGGGUGUGGAUGCUGCCAUCUGCGUCAAAUUUCACCUUGAACGUGAGAAAAAUCCCCACAAAUUCAACAGCCGCAUGAAGAAUAAGCUUUGGUACUUUGAGUACGCCACAUCGGAAACGUUCGCCGCGUCCUGCAAGAACCUGCACGAGAAUUUGGAGAUUGUGUGCGAUGGCGUUUCACUGGAGCUAGCGAAUGGUCCACAGCUGCAGGGUAUUGCGUUACUUAACAUCCCCUACACGCACGGUGGCUCCAAUUUAUGGGGCGAACAUCUGUCCCAGAAGCGAAUGCGCAAGGGUCCGUUUCGGAAGAAGCUUAAAAACUCCGACAAAGAGCUCUCGGCGAACAGUUUCAACUCGGUCGAUCUUUCAAUCGCCAUACAAGAUAUUGGAGAUCGUAAGAUAGAAGUGAUUGGGCUGGAGAACUGUCUUCACAUGGGCCAAGUGCGGACGGGACUGCGGGCAUCCGGGCGCCGGUUGGCACAGUGUAGCGAGGUAAUAAUGACCACCAAGAAAACCUUCCCCAUGCAGAUCGACGGUGAGCCCUGGAUGCAGGGUCCGUGCACGAUUAAGCUAACGCACAAAAACCAAGUGCCAAUGCUAAUGGCACCCCGUUCAGAGAAAGGUAGCGGAUUCUUUAGCUUUCUGAAGAGAUGA